AUGUCUUCUAAUACCACCAUUCUUAUCACUGGUGCUAAUCGCGGUAUUGGCAAAGGACUUGUUGCUGUAUACCUUGCGGUGCCCAAUACUACUGUGGUAGCCACCGUCCGCGACCCGUCUCACCCCACAGCAGAGUCCCUUCAGUCCCUUCCAAAAGCCACUGGGUCUAGUCUUAUUGUCAUCAAGCUAGAUGUCUCAUCCACAGAAUCUAUAAACAGUGGCAUCAAGUCGUUGGGAUCGACUCAUGACGUUCAUGGUCUCGACGUUGUUAUUGCAAACGCUGGAAUUGCUGGAAUGUCAGACCCCCUAACCUUGACCCCGGUCUCAGAACUCCAGAAAUUUAUCAAUGUCAAUGCGUACGGACCGCUUGAACUUUUCCAGGCCGUGGCUUCUCUCCUGCGCUCCUCCAAAGCAGAUAACAAGGGAAAAUUUGUGCUCAUUUCAAGUGCGGGCGGCAGCCUCACUACGAUGAAUACCAUCCUUCCCCUAGCUGGCUACGGAGCGAGCAAAGCUCUAGCAAACUUUUUGUUCAAGUGGCUAGCGCUCGAGAGCGAGGAUGUGUUGAUUUGGGCACAGCAUCCUGGCAUGGUUGCAUCAGACAUGGGGACAGCGGGAUUCGAUGCUGCCAAAGAGAUUGGAAUUGACCUCUCAGCGCACGCGAUCUCGGUCGAGGAGAGUGCGCAGGCAAUAAAGCAAAUUGUUGACCGCUCCACCUUUGAGAAUAUUCGUGGAAAGUUCAUCGGGCCAGACGGUUCAGAAUUACCAUGGUAG